UAACACGCCACAGGCGAAGACGACGAAGACAACAAUGGCGGGCAAUUCGUAAUCUGUCGCUUCGGGGAUCCCUUCACUGGCAUGGUGCGGUGGGAGCGGAGGUGGAUGCCUCAGGGUUAUGACCCGUGGGCACGGAGGUACGACCCGUUCGCGGUAGAACUGGACGCGAGUGGCCCCGAGCUUGAACGCAUGCCACCGCGCGUUGCACCCAAGCACAAAACCGCCAUCCGCCGCUCGUUGCCCAUGCAAUAUGGCAUCAUCAAAUGCGAGCACCUGCCAACCAGCUGGCAUGGUACGUUUGACCUCUUCACGAUAGACCCGGGCAACACGGUGCUAGACGAUUUAGAUGUCCUACAAUGGUCACUCGAGGGUGAAGAUGCACUUGACACAAUGCGCCUGUCCCUUGGGUGGGACACCGACCUUCUCUCGCCGGAAGAGGCGCUGGAUACGGCGUCAGACAACGUUCCUAUGGUCGGCGUACUCUCGGGCUCGCCACUAUCUGUUGGCAACAUCAAGGACAUGCUCCGCACGUGUGGCGUUGAAAACCCCGAGGAAACCAUCCUGCCGUGGUCCCAGGGUGCAUGGGAUACUGAUAGCGUGCCUCUCAUCGUUAUACACGGCCGCGUCGAGCCUGCAGCAUUUCGCACCCCGCCGCUCUACGAGUGGUUCAUCGACAACGGCUACGUUGCGAAAUUGCGUUUCGUUGCGAAAAGCGACCAGCUAUGCACCAAUGACCAGGUGGUGAUCCUUGGCGAAGGCGGCAUCAAGCUCCGCAAAAUCUGGCAGCACGAAGACAUGGAUUGCGAGGACGGCCCUCGCCUUCGCGAACUCUUUGUCGGCCAUUUUGAAUUCACAGUCUCUGUAACGAACGUCCUGGUACCGCAGAACCUUGUCGUGAAGACAUUGCGCAGGGACGUCUAUGGGAUACGCAGCAAGCGCAGCAUGGACUACGAACACCCCGCGUACCUCGGUCUUCCACGUCUCGCGCUGCAAUCCAUCCUUAUACCGCCGUAUAACGGCCCGGUCUCAGACGUACCAACGCCAAGCACGCUCACGCCAACCCCAGACGCGGCACUGCCCCCGCUCGACUUCACCGGUCACUUCUGGUUUGCUUCGCCGGACAACCUGGGGCUCCUCCUUGGAUAUGACUGCGCCGUCAAACCUCUACGCGAUGCAUACAUGCCCAAGGCCGCCCUCAAUGCCUGGAGAAACCGAGAAGACUGCAACUACCCUAAAAUUCCUCUUGAAGCCAUCCCCCCUGACGCGGAUAAGCUCGAGAGCGCCUACGAGCACAUACACGCUCAUCUCAUGUGGACCAUCGACAACAGCGGGCUCCGCUGGCUUGACGGGCACGCCGUACUCGCAGAGGGCGCGCGGGACACCGCACCUGUAGACGGCGUCGGCGUUGGAAUCCGUGGACGCUUCGGCCUCGCUGUCGACGAGAACUCGCGCGUCCCGCCCACUCUGCAUGCGCUCCUGUACGCCGGCGUCGAGGUCACGGGAGGGCACGUCGGACCCGUACACUUCCCGGUGCACACACGCGUGGGCUACCGCAAGACGCAUCGCCGUGGCUGGGAAGUCCAGGAUUCACAGCCCGAGCACCGCUGGGAACACGGUCUGUGGGCGCGUCUGCGGCUCCCGCCCGCGCACACCGAGGACGACGGGGAACGCAAAGGUGAGUCGCGCCUCACGUGCGGCGAGGGCAUCCUCAAGAUGCGUCGCGUGUGGGCGUACGCGUUGCCUGCAAACGACCGCCACGGCGCACUCACCGGCGAGCUCUUCGAGGGCUGGUACAAGUUCAUGGCGUUCGACGCGGAGUCCGGCACGUACAAGAAGACGUCGGACACCUUCUUCGCCGUGCGCUGGCGCGACCGAGAGCAACGCGAGGGCAAGCGCGACCUCGCGGAGCAGCGGAUGCCCUCCCAGACGCGCGUGAACCGGUGGAGAACCGACGUCACUGGACCGUUUGACUGUUCGGGCUGGAGCCCAGACGAGGCGCCGCCGACAUUCUUCUGCCACCAAGACCAGAAGAAGGAAGCCAACUGGUCCUUGAACGAACCGCCGCCGUCUAUGAAAAACUUCGUCAAGUGGAUGAAAGCCGGCACCGGUAAAAAUAAGCAGUUGAACUGGAAGAAUCCGCCUCAGCCUGAUCCGAAGACGUCGAAAACGAAGAAAAAAGCGAAGCUCGUUGUCCGAACGCCGUCUCCAGAGCCUGCAUCGAGCGCGGACGGUUCGGCCGAGGUGGCUUGGUAAUAAGAUAGCUAUUAUAAUCGUGCUUAGGACACUGUAAUCCCUUCUAUUAGAAUGAGCCGUAAUCUGGCGAUUGUAGUCCAUCUAUGUUUCCGGAAUUCGACGUAUUUGCUCGUUCUGUUGA